AUGAAGACUUUUGUGACGCAGUUGUUUCAGCAAGGUUUUGCUGCGAUGGAAGAGAGGCUAGAGAAAAAGAUGGAUGAAAAAUUUGAGGGAGUGCAGUCUGAGCUUAAAAAUUCCCGUGGGGAUUCAACCGUCCAAGCUGAGCAUGGAGAUCCAUCUGCAAGCAAGCCAGCACCUAGCCACCCAUCGCCUAACAAGCCAACGCCUAGCAAGCCAGCGCCUAGCAACCCAUCGCUUAGGAAGCCAUCUCCUACGAAGUCAUCGCCUAGCAAGCCAUCUCCGAGGAGGUCCAAACGCUUGGAUGUAAAUUUCAGUCAAGCGGAUGAUAUGGACGAACCAAUAGGUACGCAAAGCCUUGAAGGACUUUCUCAAACCUCGUACGUACCCGAUUUUGAUCCAUCACAGACCAAUAACGACAACGAUGCAAGUGAUUGGUGGACUCCAAUGACUACUGUCCGGAAACUACGAAAAGGUGAAUCAAAGCAAUCAAAUGCACCUCUAACAUCGGCAAAGUGGGAUAGAUGGACUGGAGGACCAAGCAAGAAGCUUCAGCUUAGUGACUCACCAAUGGCAGAUGACGGUUCUCCACAGGCGUCACUGUAUUAUUUCACCGAAGAAUCGUGGGAUAGAUUCACGAAAUGGUCUACGAAUCCAACAGCUUUGAGGAUUGGUCCCUCUGUCUUUAAUUUGACCUUCGCACAGAGAAUAGUUUGUGCUGGAAAAUGGCUUGGAAACGAGGAAAUGGAUGCGAUGAUGUAUAUAUGGCGAGAGAAGACAUCUUUGAGGCGUUGGAAUAUAGACUGUCUUGCUUUCAUGAACGCCAUGUUCUGCCUCCAGAUCGAGAAAGAAUACGAGAAGUGUAAAGACGACAAAAGAGGCUACGUAGUACCCGAUCUUCUUCUUGCUUAUGGGAGAGGAGAGCUUCCAUCUCAUGGGCCGACUAAUAGAGUUUGGGGUGUCGAUGUUGAUCGUCUCUACUUUCCUCUGUUUGUCAAUGGUAAUCAUUGGGUUGCUGUAUGCGUCAACAUGAUUGAGAAGAAAGUGGAAGUCUAUGAUUGCAAUCGGGGAAGGAAUAGGCAAUACGUAGAGAAGUUUGCUUGUAUGAUUCCUAGAAUUGUCAAGGCAGUUGGUCCACCUAAGAGCAAGUUACUCCUUACAUCCUAUUCGAUUGUAGAUAUGCCUAUGCAGACAAGAUUGAACAAGUCUUGUGCUGAUUGCGGGGCAUUCGCACUCAAACACUUGGAGUGCAUCCUUCUUGGUCUCGACCUCAGUUUAGUGGAAGACGUAAUAAUGCCUGGUUGCCGACAGAAGAUUGCUUAUGAUAUAUGGGAGGCUGCCCAUGAUCCCAUUUUAAUCCAGCUUAUGGCACAACACAUCCCUUCGGAUUUUGAGAGUUCUACUUUUUAUGACCUUGAAGAAGACUGA